GAUGAAAAAUAAGUAAAUAGAUAGAAAACAGGAUUAAUAGAUCACAUAGAGACUAUUGAAGCCAGCGCCACAAGAUCAAGAAAAAGGAAUCGGACACGGGCCCCACUUGACAACAAACAUGGCGGCGGUAGCUGUUGAACGUCCCCCGGCUGAGGAGAAGGUGCGGACACUGAAGCUGUCAGGCCAUGUUGGGUUUGACUCCCUGCCGGACCAGCUGGUGGCCAAGAGCACCCAGAAUGGCUUCACCUUCAACAUCCUUUGCAUCGGUGAGACAGGGAUGGGCAAAUCAACCCUGAUGGACACACUCUUCAACACCAGCUUUGAGUCCAACCCCGCUCCCCACACCCUGCCGGCUGUCAAACUCAAGUCACACACCUAUGAGCUGCAGGAGUCCAACGUAAAGCUCAAGCUGACAAUAGUGGACACCGUUGGCUACGGGGACCAGAUCAACAAGGGGGACAGCUUCACCGCCAUCGUGGACUACAUCGACAAGCAGUUUGAUGACUACCUGCAGGAGGAACUCAAGAUCAAGAGGAGUCUGUCUUCUUAUCACGACACUCGGAUACACGCCUGCCUCUACUUCAUCUGCCCCACUGGACACGGCCUGAAGAGCAUUGACCUGGUGUGCAUGAAGAAGCUGGACUCAAAGGUCAACAUCAUCCCCAUCAUCGCCAAGGCUGACACCAUCUCUAAGUCCGAGCUCACAAAGUUUAAGCAGCGAAUCACUCAGGAGAUUAAGACCAACAACAUUCACAUCUAUCAGUUCCCCACCAAUGAUGACACAAUGGCUAAGGUGAACACAGACAUGAACAGCCAGCUUCCCUUCGCAGUGGUGGGCAGCACAGACUUUGUGAGAGUGGGCAACAAGAUGGUGCGUGCCCGUCAGUACCCCUGGGGCACUGUGCAGGUGGAGAACGAAAGCCACUGUGACUUCACCAAGCUGCGGGAGAUGCUGAUUCGCACCAACAUGGAGGACAUGAGGGAGGUCACCCACCAGCGCCACUAUGAGCUGUACCGCAAGAAGAUCCUGGAAACGAUGGGCUUCACAGACAUUGGGGAGGACAACCAGCCAGUGAGCUUCCAGCAGACCUUUGAGCAGAAGAGAGUGGAGCACCGGGAGGAACUGCAGCGCAAGGAGGACGAGAUGAGGCAGACGUUUGUAUUGCGCGUCAAGGAGAAGGAGACUGAGCUGAAGGAGGUGGAGAAGGAGCUUCUCAACAAGUACGACGCAAGGAAGAGAGAGCAUGUGGAUGAGAAGAAACGCUACGAGGAACUGAAGAAGAGGCUGGAGGAUGAGAGGGCAGAGUUCAUGAAAAGGAAGCACCAGGUGUCCACGCAGCAACUGAGCAGCCACACCAUGACACUGGGCAAGAAGAAGAAGUAGACUUUUCAAGGGAGGGCACAGUGAGAGGUAGUUCAAGGAAGUAGGAGAGUAAAAGAGAGAGUUGGCAGUUCAAAGGAGGGAGUCAUAUAUUGUUUUGGGGAAUAGAUGAGUAAAAGAAGUUAAAGAAAGAUAUUUUAAAGGAGGACAGAGUGAAAAAUAGACAGUUCAAAGGAGUAAAAAGAGUAAAAAAAAAUCAGUUUAGAAGAAAGAGGAUUAAGAUUUUAAGUUCAAGGAAAAAAAAAAAUGAAAAAAAAAUUACUUAAAUGAAAGUCAAGAAGGAAAUAGUUUAGAGAUCUUACCUAUCAUUGAAAAAUCUUAUCCAUUUGUUUUAAAGUUUAAUUGAGGAAAGCAAGAGAGAGAAAGUCAAAGUAGCAGGAAGGAAACAGGUUGAGUCUAAUAAUGUUUUCAGUUCACCACAUGAUCUUAGUUAUUGGCACACUAUUAAAUCACUCGUUCAGUCAAUAGGUGGGCAGUCUGCUGCAUAGUGUGUCUUUGCUUUCAGUGUUUAUACUCAAUGAUUUUUGGUUCCUCAAACAUUGUGGCAUCUUGUCCGACUACUUUUGUCAGGCCCUAGUGGUGUUAUUUGGGCUCUCAAGAGUGUUUACAUGAUUCAGUUGAUAGUUUGAGAAUUCUGUACCAUCACUGGGGACUGUAAUAUUUUAAACAGUCUA